GCUAGAAGAGAUAUGGAGGUGUCCUCUGUGCUUUCCUGCAAGGGGUGUACCCCUUGGCAGGGGCUCCUGCUCACAUCCUCCCUCUUAACUUGCUGGCUCCUGCUCACCACUGCCCAAGUUGACAUCGAAUCCUUACCACCCCAAGUGGUUGAAGGAGAAAAUGUUCUCCUAUGUGUUGACAAUCUGCCAGAGAAUCUUCUAGGCUUUAUCUGGUACAAAGGGGUGACAGACAUGAGCCUCGGAAUAGCACUGUAUUCACUGGCCUAUAGCGUAAGUGUGACGGGACCUGUGCACAGUGGUAGAGAGACAUUGUACCGCAAUGGAUCCCUGUGGAUUCAAAAUGUCACUCAGGAGGACACUGGAUUCUACACCCUACGAACCAUAAGUAAACGUGGAGAAAUUAUAUCAAAUACAUCCAUACAUCUUCACGUGUACUCCUCCAUUUUGACCUGUGGCCGCCCUCCCACCUCUGCUCAGCUCAGUAUUGAAUCAGUGCCACCCUGUGUUGCUAAAGGAGAAAGCGUUCUUCUUCUUGCUCGAAAUCUUCCAGAAAAUCUUCGAGCCAUUUUCUGGUACAAAGGGGCGAUGGUGUUCAAGAAUCUCGAGGUUGUGAGAUAUGUAAUAGCCAAGAAUUCAAGUGCGUUGGGCCCUGCUCACAGCGGUAGAGAGACAAUGUAUAGCAAUGGAUCCCUUGUGCUUCAGAAUGUCACUAGGAAUGAUGCUGGAUUCUACACCUUACGAACUCUGAGUACAGAUCUGAAAGCUGAAGUAGCGCAUGUGCAACUCCAGGUGGACACCUGUCUUUCAAUCUGCACUCACCCUCCCACCUCUGCCCAGCUUACUGUUGAAUCAGUGCCGACCAGCAUUGCUGAAGGGGACAGUGUUCUUCUACUCGUUCACAAUCUCCCAGAGAAUCUCCGAGCCAUUUUCUGGUACAAAGGGGUGACUGUGUUCAAGGACCUUGAGGUUGCACGAUAUGUAAUAGCCAAGAAUUCAAGUGUGCCGGGCCCUGCCCACAGCCGUAGAGAGACAAUGUACAGCAAUGGAUCCCUCCUGAUUCAGAAUGUCACUUGGAAUGAUGCUGGAUUCUACACCUUACGAACUCUGAGUACAGAUCUGAAAGCUGAAGUAGCUCAUGUGCAACUCCAGGUGGACAACUCCUUUUCCAUGUGCUGUGACUCUCUUGACUAUGCCCCACUCACGAUCGUUCCAGUACCACAGCAUACUGCUAAAGGGGAAAGUGUUCUUCUCCAAGUUCACAAUCUGCCAGGAGAUCUGCGAAUGUUUUCCUGGUUCAAAUCCGUGUAUAGCACCCCGAUCUUUAAAAUAGCAGAGUACAGCAGAGCCUUUAAUUCUGUCAUCAGGGGGCCUGCACACAGCAGAAGAGAAAUAGUAUAUGCCAACGGAUCUCUGCUGCUCCAGGAUGCCACUGAGAAAGACACAGGCAUGUACACACUACAAACGGUAGACAGAAAUUUCAAAAUUGAAACAGCACAUGUGAAAAUCCAGAUAAAUGCCUGUGUUCACCCUUCCGCCACUGGCCAGCUCGUUAUUGAAUCAGUGCCACCGAAUGUUGUUGAAGGGAGAGAUGUUCUUCUACUUGUUCAUAAUAUGCCAGAGAACCUUCGAUCCUUUUCCUGGUACAAAGGUGUAGCCAUUGUCAGCAGACAUGAAAUUUCACGGAAUAUAAUAACUAGUAAUAGAAGCGUGCUGGGGCCUGCCCACAGUGGUAGAGAGACAGUGUAUUCCAAUGGAUCUCUUCUGCUCCACAAUGCCACCCAGAAGGACGCUGGAUUAUACACCUUAUUAACCUUGAACCGACAGUUUGAAACUCAAGGAAUACACAUGCACAUCCACAUAUACAAGCCUGUGACGCAGCCCUUCAUGAGAGUCACGGACACCACAGUCAGAGUGCAGAGCUCUGUGGUCCUCACCUGCCUCUCAGCUGACACUGGCAUCUCCUCCACCCAGUGGCUCUUCAACAACCAGAAUCUGCGACUCACAGAGAGGAUGACACUGUCCCCGUCAAAGUGCCAACUCAGAAUAGAUCCUGUCAGGAGGGAAGAUGCUGGAGAGUAUCGGUGUGAAGUCUCAAACCCAGUCAGUUCAGAGACCAGUCUUCCAGUCAGCCUGGCCGUGGUGAUUGAGUGA